AUGCCAUUCCGCGUCGACGCCACAGUUUCGAGUAUAUUCUUUAGUAUAAAGAAUGAUAAUUUGGUAAUAUUUUUUUCAGGAGAGCCUAUAAAAUAUAAUCCGGACUUCAACGGCCCGACCCGUAACCGAUCAUGUACAGAUGUAAUAUUUUUGAUUAUGUUCAUCCUUUUUCUUGGAGGCUGGGGCUUUGUCGGCUAUUAUAGUAUAACACGAGGAAGCGUGGAGAAACUUUUAGCACCUAUAGACUCGAAAGGCCGACGCUGUGGUGUGGAUUCCGGCCUUGAGGAUAGGAAAUAUCUUGUAUUCUUCAACAUCGCAAAAUGUCUGUCGCCCGGCACUCCUAUAACUGGUUGUCCCACUGCACAGGUAUGUGUGGAAAAGUGUCCUGAAAAAACUUUUAUAUUUGAAAAAGAGUUAAGACAAAAUCCAGCUUCGUUUGAACAAUUAAGGCAGAAUAUGGUGUGCACCGACGAAGUCACUAACAUGCAAACUAUGACGUUAUCAGAAGCUAUCACGUACAUGCAGCAAGAAAAGUGCGCCAGUUUUGUGUUACAGAGUCAACCAGUGUUGUACCGUUGCAUCGGAGACCUAUCAGCGCUAUCCUGCGAGUCACCAGCCCGCUCCACCGACGUGUGUGUGCGGAACCCGAAGGAAGCCCAGAAGUCCUUGAUCGAAGUGUUGAACGCCAUCGAUUCAUACGUUGGCUGGUUCACCGCGAGCUGGGUCACGUUUUUCACGAGGAACGAGAAAGAAGCUCACAUUGUAUUGUUGGGUCGCUGCUUUGUUAACGUCACCGCGGCUGUUGAAGUCUUGCGAGAGGUUUCAGACCUCGACCUGGGAGAAGGACAGGUGACCGAACAAUUCACCAAGUUGCUUAAAUUCAAUCAGUUGUCGUCCCAGAUAGUCCAGGAUUUGCAGCAGUCCCGCUGGUACUUGGCCGGUGCACUGAUCGGCAUCGUGCUGCUAUGUUUUAUAUACAUACUGCUCUUAAGAUGGCUGGUCGCACCCGUUGUAUGGGUCUCAAUCGCAGGACUAUUCGCUCUUCUUGGAUUUGCCAUUUAUCUUUGUUACAAGAACUACAUUUACUAUAAAGAAAACGUCGGCUUGUAUCAGGAAACAAAUUUGAAGGGCUACGUGGAGUCAAUAUUCGGGAAAUACCAAACAUGGCUAGCCUUGGUCAUUAUAUUGGCAGCUAUUUUAAUUAUUUUAUUGCCGGUUAUCAUAUUUUUAAGAAGUCGGAUAACGAUAGCGAUAGCUCUCAUACGAGAAGGCAGCAAAGCGGUGACAGCCAACAAGACGACGAUACUGUUUCCGAUAUUCCCUUGGAUAUUCCAAUGCGCUAUAAUCGGUUACGGCGUGCUUGUCCUCAUGCACUUGUUGUCUAUCGGACAAUCGGCCUUCCAGGUCGUUAACAAGAGAAUCGAUACCACUUGCGACUGCGGCGGCUUGUACACAGAGGACGGCGUGUCGUGUGAUCCAGUGAAGUUCGCUGCUAGUUGUCACGAUAUGUCUAACGCUCUGCUGCCGUGCGCCAACGCGACCUGUCACUACACGGGCGUUGACAGUCCACACUACAUCAUAUAUUUACACCUCGUAAAUUUACUAGGAUUUUUCUGGGCAAUGUUCUUCAUAAGCGGUGUGGCAGAUAUGACCCUAGCAAACACAUUCUCAACGUGGUAUUGGACUUACAACAAAAGAAAUCUUCCCUUUUUCACUCUAACAUCAUCAAUUUAUACAACAAUUCGGUAUCAUUUAGGGACAGUUGCUUUCGGUGCACUCAUAAUAGCAAUAGUCCGAGUUAUCAGAGUUAUAUUGGAAUACAUAGACCAUAAAGUGAAAAAGUUUGACAACGCUUUCACGAGAGCCAUACUGUGUUGUUGUCGGUGCUUCUUCUGGUGUCUGGAGAACUUCUUGAAGUUCGUGAAUAAGAAUGCUUAUAUCAUGUGCGCUAUUCACGGAAAGAAUUUUUGUAAGAGCGCCAGUGACGCAUUCUCGUUGCUAAUGAGGAAUGUUGUCAGACUCGUGGUGUUAGACAAGAUGGCGGACUGGAUAUUCUUUCUGUCCAAGCUGUGUAUAUCCUUGGGCGUGGGUCUAGGUGUGUUCUAUUUACUGGAGUGGGGCGCUCUGUAUGAGGCGGGCGCCGCUCGUCUUCAUCAUCACCACGUGCCAGCAGCAUUACUCGCCAUUGCCACCUACCUCAUAUGUACAAUCUUCUUCAACGUAUACUCAACAGCUGUUGAUACGUUGUUCUUAUGUUUCCUUGAAGAUUGCGAAAGAAACGACGGUUCGGCGGAGAAACCUUACUUCAUGUCGAAAAAUCUUAUGAGAAUUCUUGGAAAAAGAAACAACAUCGUGAAGUAG